AUGCACCGUGACCCUGGUCUCAUCACAAAGGCGUCGCAAAUCCUUAUGUUGUAUAAUGUUGAUUGUGAUCAGCCGCUGAUUCGUUCUACCUCGAUUUUAGAAGAUUACCUCCCGCUGCCAUGUCUUAUGCGCAGCAGCAGCCUCCGUAUGGGUACCAGCCUGGCGCUCCGCAAGGAUAUGGACCCCCUCCGCCUGGCCCUCAGCCGGGGUAAGUCAGCACCUAUCAACCCAGAAGUCGAUUUUCGCCGUCUUGCCAGGACCAACAAUUGGCGAUACUUAAACCGAGACCGGUCGGCUUCUGUACGCUUUGCGACCGCAAAAGUUGUCGCCUGGUCUGCGGCGAGCUCGUGUCUUGGUCAAUACUUUGGACAUGGUGCUGAUCAACUUGCAAAUGCAGAUACUACCAGCAGCCUGGAUAUGACCAGCAAGGCCAGUACCCGCAAGGCCAGUACCCUCAGUACGCCCAAGGCCAGCCUGGUGGAAUGCAAUACCCAAACCAAGCUCCUCCUCCACCUCAACAGCCUCAAGAACAAAAAUCUGACCGGGGAUGUCUCAUGGGUUGUCUGGCCGCGAUGUGUUGUUGCUUGGCCCUCGACGAUUGCUGCGAAUGCUGCGACGAGUGCUGCUAAACUCUAUGACCCAUGA